AUGGGGCGUGAAGGGAAAAAUGAGGGCUCAGCGCAGAGGGAAACUGGUUGGAGUGCUGGGGACAGUGGUGGGGACUUGACUUUAUUUAGUUGCAUCGAAAUGGAGGGGAAUCAUGUAGGUGUCAUUGUUUGCUAUGGUGGAGAGUUUGUUAUUGGCGCUAACGAUUGGGAAUAUUGUGGUGGGAACGAAGGAACUUAUGGUUUACAUAUCUUGGAUGACACCACCUUCCAUUUUACCUCCAACAUUGCCCGGAGUUACGAUCCUUUUAGAAUGGUUGCCACCACACGUCUUCUGGAAUCCUCCAUAUCUGACCCGUCAUUGACUCAUGUGAAGAUUAUGUGGGGACUCCAUCACCCAUACCAAACCAUCAUAGGGAAAUCUGCAGAGAGUCAAGUUCUGUGGAAGUCAGUGAAAUGCGUCUUGUGGUUUCCUGAUUUUGAAGUUUGUGGACAUAAAAAAAAUUUUGAGGGACAGAUAAGUUUCAUGAAGAAUUUCUUCGAGUAUCUGGCAAUUCGGCUACUUGCCGACACUUUAUGUGAAGUGCCUGUUGUUCUUACCAUGAAUAACCUUAGGUUUUCAAAACUGCAGGUGGAGAAGCUGGGAAGGAGCAGCUUCUUCUUUCUCACCCAGUCAUUUCCUUUCGCUGAGCAGAGCUUCGGGGAACUGUCGGAUGUUAUACCCACCAAGAAACUGAUGGAGGUAUCCAAGCCCAUCUUGUAUGUUUUUAGCAUGUACCCUCCUCCCACAGACGUCAAGUCCGAUGAUUUCCAAGCUGCGAUUCGAAAAUGCCUGCACGAUGUUCAGUAACUUUAAGUGGCGUAUGGGAUCAAAAGGGAUUAAUUGGUCAUAAGAAGUUUCGAAAGAUUCCUCCUGUGAGGUUCUUCGGUGAAUGCACUUAGGUAUCGCCGUGUUACGUGGGACAGAUGACAAGAUGUUUAUUGUAUUGUAUGUAGUUGAACUAUACCCGUUGCGACAUUGCUUCUUUGCAAAGUGUGUAUUUUGAUUCAGAAUACUUGAGUAACGCAAACAUGUCGAGGUCUUCUGGGCCAUUGGAAGCUCUUCUUCAAUCCA